CGGCACUUCAGGGAGGGGGGAUCGGCGGAGUUCCGGCGGUGGAGGGACGUGGCGCAGGCUCUUAUUAAUGGCCUCUCCAAAAUACCUACUCAUCAGAAGAAAAGGGUGUAUCUCUGUCAGCUUUUGAUAAGAAUUGAAAAAGGAAGAAGCCUCGAAAGCCAUUUUGAAAAUAAUCAAAGAAUUUCACCUUUGGAAUCUGCUUUGUCUUUCUGGACUUUACUUGAAAGGGAAGAAAUUAAACUGGAAAAGCUUCAUGAAGAUAUUCGCCGCUUGAUUCAAAUUCAGAUUAUAGCAGUCCACAUGGAAAAUGGGUAUUUCAAGGAGGCUGCUGAAGUUCUGGAAAGGCUGUUCACAGACUCGGAAACAGAUAAGCCUUUAAGGGUGAAGCUGGCAACUGUAAUCAAAAGCAAGGAUCCCUACGUUCCUCUUCUUCAAAGCUUCAGCUACGAUCUUUUGAUAAGUAAAAUCAAGUCUUACACUGAACUUUUCAUGGCAGAAAAUGAAUCAAGCUUCUUAAUACAGGCAGCCACAAAACAAGCAGAGUCUAAAGGACUGGGAGCACCAGCAUUGGAAAACAUAACUGUGAACGUCAAUGAAAACCACAAGUGGAAUUUGAAAACAAAACAAAGAUUAAUGAAAGAGCAACAGAGUGUUACAGAUCAGUCACCUGGAGAUGUAAAAAAGCCCACAGUAAGGCCUCGCUCAGGACAGAAACACAGAACAGCCAGAGUUCUUCACAGUCUGAACAGCUUGCAAAAUGUGCAAAAAAAUGCAGAUGCUUCGACUUGUGGCCGAAGAAGACAGAGAUGGACUUACAAAGAAGACUUGGCGCUGAGAUCUGGAGUAAAGGAGUUUGGAGUGGGUAACUGGGCCAAAAUUUUGGUCCAUCGUGACUUCAACAACCGAACUAGUGUCAUGUUGAAAGACCGGUGGAGAACCCUGUGCAGGAUCAACCAAGACUAAUUUGGACAACAGGAACUGACUCUCCUGACGUUUCCCUACACAAGGACCUCCUCUAGCUUUUCAGAAUAACCUUAUUUUAGUCUCGGAUUGCCCAGCCGUGUUGCUGUCUUGAAACAUGGAACAAAACAGUAACAGGUAUAAAAGAUUCAUGUAAGCUCACCUGGAUGGGAAAUAUAAAGCCUGGCUUUUAUCUACAUGCAAUGGAUGGUCUAACAUCUGAAAUGUGGCAAUGCCUGCGGCGAUUUAAGAAAGGUCAGUUACAUAUUUAGAGGUAUUAAAUGACUGGCAACAUGUUUAGCUCGACAGAGGCUACUAAAGAGUCAAGUGUUCUGAAUUUUUAAAGGCUUGUAUCUCCAGUCAGAUUGAGUAUUUCAUCAUUUUCCUUCCUGCCAUAUAACCCGUCCUAAUCUGAUUUGCUUCACUUUAAAUUUUGGUCAGACUUGCCAUCCCUGUCAGUAAGUUAUACCAAAAUAUACGUAUAUUUUUACAAA